CAACUAGGGGAAACCCCACAGUGAUCUUGGAAAAAUGGUGUCUAAGUGGAACAGAAAGGAAUCAACAAAGAGUUUUAUCUUUUAUUCGGAGUGUUUGAUGAAAACCUUAGUUGGUAUCUGGAUGCAAAUCUGAAGUAUUCCCUGACUAAAGAAGAGGCUUUUCGGGAUCCUGGCUUCAGGGAGUCCAACAGGAUGCACGCCAUUAAUGGAUUCCUGUUCAGUAACUUGCCUGACCUGGACAUGUGUAAAGGAGAAAAGAUUUCCUGGCACCUCUUGGGCCUGGGCACUGAAACUGAUGUCCACGGAGUGGCCUUCCAAGGGAACACUGUCUUGAUGGAUGGGAUGAGGAAAGACACCAUGAGCCUGUUCCCUCACACAUUUGCCACAGCACUCAUGCAGACGGACAGCGAAGGGACUUUUGAGGUCUACUGCCAGACUAGCAACCAUUACCAGUCUGGAAUGAGGGGACGUUAUUCGGUCCAGCAGUGUGGAAAGGAGGAGCUUUCUCUUGGCAGGCGAUAUGAGAGAGUGAGGACAGUCUACAUCAUGGCAGAAGAGGUGGAGUGGGACUACACCCCGGACCGCAGCUGGGAACUGGAAUGGCACAAUGGCUCUGGUGAGGAAAGCUAUGACAAUGUGUUCCUCAGCCGCAAAAACGGACUCCUCGGCUCCAAGUACAAGAAAGCGGUUUACAGGGAAUACACUGAUGGGACCUUCAAGACCCCAAAGAACAGGAGCAAUGGAGAAGAACAUUUGGGCAUCUUGGGACUGUCUGGCAUUCCCUUGUCUCCUCGCAGCAUGGCUAGCCUGAUUGAGGAGGGAGUGUCUUCCGAUUCCAGCAAGACUGGUUCAGCAGGGUCUGAUGCCCUUUGGAAUGACAAAUCGGGUCUGGCAGCUUGCGAUCCAUACCUGGGAGCAGGUGCGAGCAGGCAGACCACUUCAUCCCCCAUUCUGGGGGAAGGACUGUACCUGGAAGUUCAACACUUUGUGGAGAAACCACCAAACCAGGGGACGCUGAAAUGUGGUGCCACUUCCAUAGUCGAGAAGCGGUUUGGGACAAUGAGUGGGCAGAGUACCAGAGGCAACAACAGCCACCUGCACCUGUUCCCUUGGGGGCUGGGGCUCCUGUGGAUGGGGCUGGUGGUCUCCCAGCAGCCGUUCCAGCAGAUGGGGCAGUACCAGAGACAGCCGGAGCCGGAGGUCUGCCGGCACCACUUCCAGUUCAGCCAUGCGAUGGCGCCGCUGGUGGGCAACCAAAUCAGCCAGCUGGAGGGCAACCGGCUCAGCCGGUGGGGGUUCCUGUGCAACAGAUACCUUUAG